UAUCUGGCACCCAACAGUCCGGUUCGCACUUGAACGCACCAUAUGACUGAGCAUAGAGAGACGGGGGAUUGGGAACGAGAGAGAGGGAAGGAGGGAGAGAGAGAAGCUAAACAGGUGGUCUGAAAACACAGAAAACAAUGUCGUCCGGCGGGGAGAAGCGGAAAGACCUUUAGUCCUCGCUUCUUUAAAGGAAUACCAGGACAGCCGCAGAGCCGAACAAACAAAAACAAAAACCCCCAUGGUCCUUUUUUAUUUCCACACGGAUUCCUCCUCCUCCUCCUCCUCUUCUUCUCGGUUUCACUCCGAAUCCGGGCAAGAUCUCGGAUACUAAACCAUGAAAGUCACGGUAUGUUUUGGCAGGACCCGGGUGGUGGUGCCAUGCGGGGAUGGAAAUAUUAAAGUCCGCACACUCAUCCAGCAGGCUGUCAUGAGAUAUAAGAAGGCUAUCGCCAAGGAUGCCAGUUACUGGCUGCAGGUCCACCGGUUGGAGCACUUUGACGGCGGCAUCCUCGACCUGGACGAUGUCCUCUGCGACGUGGCCGACGACAAAGACCGGUUGAUGGCAGUGUAUGACGAACAGGAGCCCCAUCAUGGUGGUGAUGGUACCAGUGCCAGCUCCACAGGGACCCAGAGUCCCGACCUGUUUGCUGCAGACCUUAGUGCUGGCAGUGGAGCCUCGGCCUUCCAGCCCUACCAGGCCGCCAGUGAGAUUGAGGUCACGCCCUCCGCCCUGCGCACAAAUAUGCCCCUCCACGUCCGGCGCAGCAGCGACCCCGCCCUGAUGACCAUCAACGGGCCAUUCAACGGCGGCGAGUCACGGGUCCAAACAGAAGAGCCGCCAUCAAGGAAGAACCCGACCCGCUGGUCCACCACCGCCGGCUUCCUGAAAGCUCGCCACACCUCUGGCACCAACAGCCUCGAGAGGAAGGGCAAAUGUAUGGACACGUACCGCAGUCUGCCGCGGGAUGCAGGGACGUGGGCCAAUCAGAGAGAGUUUCAGAGAGAGACGGCCCGCUCAUCACUCAGCGCCAAUCACCCUAUGGUGGACCGCUGGCUGGAGAGGCAGGAACAGGAGGACGAGGCCGGAGAAGAAGAGAACGGAAGGAUCGAGCCGGUCGGUCGAGCCGACUCCUGCUUGGAUCACGCCCCUGUGAGGUCACUAGAAGACAUAGUCAAACUGGUGGAGGUGUCAAACGACGGUGGGCCCCUGGGAAUCCACGUGGUGCCUUUCAGUGGCAGGGACCGCAGGACUCUUGGCUUGUUGGUCAAGCGUCUGGAGAAGGGAGGCAAGGCCGAGCAGCAGGGCCUCUUCCAGGAGGACGACUGUAUCGUCCGUAUCAAUAACGGAGACCUGCGGAACAUCCGCUUUGAACAAGCCCAGAACAUGUUCCGUCAGGCCAUGCGCUCUCCUGUCAUCAUGUUCCAUGUGGUACCAACGUCGAUGAAGACCCACUACGAGCAGCUGUCCCACGUCGAGAGGAACCCAGCGUACGCCUCAGGCCGCUUCAGCCCCGACUCCCUGACCGGCAGCACCGUCUCCGGCGUAGACCACACCCCUCACAGGAUGUCCCGGCACGGUUCCCAAACGCAUCCACACUCCCAUCCUCAAACCCAAACUCAGCCAGACCAGAAUGACAGCUACCCUCCUCUGACUCACACGGGGGUCUCUGCAGCCAAGCCGCCGACAGGACACACCCCCGCGGCUCAGAGGGGGCUCAACGCCACGCCAACGGGAGGGUACACCAAAAAAGUCGGGAGGAGGCUCAACAUCCAACUAAAGAAAGGUCCCGAGGGACUCGGCUUCAGCAUUACGUCUCGCGACGUUCCUAUCGGCGGCUCGGCACCCAUCUACGUGAAGAACAUUCUUCCUCGGGGAGCUGCCAUCCAAGAUGGCCGCCUCAAGGCAGGAGACAGACUGCUGGAGGUGAACGGAGUGGACCUGAAUGGACGCACCCAGGAGGAGGUGGUGUCUCUGCUCAGGGCCACACCCAUGGGUGGGGCCGUGGGGCUGCUGGUUCUACGGCAGGAGGACACUUUCCUCCCCAGAGAAGUGAAUGCCGAGCCCCAGAUGCAAAGCCCCAGAGAUUUGCACCCAAGGCAGCCGGCGACAGCGGUGAAGCCCCAUUGGCUGAUUGAGAAGACGGAGGAGGACGAGUUGGUCCUGACUCCGGACGGGACCAGAGAGUUCCUCACCUUCGAGAUCCCCCUCAGUGACUCGGGUUCAGCUGGGUUGGGUGUCAGCGUCAAAGGCAAUCGCUCCAAGGAGAACCACGCUGACCUGGGCAUCUUUGUCAAAUCCAUCAUCAAUGGAGGGGCAGCAUGCAAGGACGGGCGGCUGCGAGUGAAUGACCAGCUGAUUGCUGUCAACGGAGAGUCGCUAUUGGGCAAAACCAACCAGGACGCCAUGGAGACGCUACGCAAGUCCAUGUCGACGGAAGGCAACAAACGCGGGACUAUCCAGCUCAUUGUGGCCAGACGAGUGGCUAAAAGAAACGAGGAGUCUCCAGGCAGCCCACUGGGGGGCAGUCAGCAGACUAUGAACACCUCUCUGGACGACCACGAACGCCGAAUCUCCCACUCCUUGUAUGGUGGCCUGGAGGGCCUUGAUGACAACUUGAUGCCACGACAAGGCAUGAUGCCACGCACGAUAGGAAACUAUCAGCUCUCGCCGACCGUCAACAUGCCGCAGGACGACACUGUGAUCAUAGAGGACGACCGGCCGCCCCUCCUCCCGCCGCACCUAUCUGACCAGUCAUCGUCCAGCUCCCACGACGACGUGGGCUUCACUGCUGACAUAACACCGCCGUGGGCCAAAGAGCUGCCCCCUCAGAAUGACAGCUCCCUGAAUCCAGAUGAAAACAAUCCAGACGGCAGUUUCCAAAGGGAAGGCUUCGGGCGGCAGAGCAUGUCGGAGAAACGCACCAAGCAGUUUGGAGACGCGGCUCAGCUUGAGAUCAUCAAGACGCGCAAGUCGAAGAGCAUGGAUCUAGUAGCCGACGAGUUUAACCUCACCCCUCGUCACGACACCGACACAGGUUCUUCCACAAAGGAUGUUGGACCAUCACUCGGCUUAAAGAAGUCCAGCUCUCUCGAGAGCCUCCAGACGGCUGUUGCCGAGGUAACCCUCAAUGGGGACCUCCCCUUCCACAGGCCACGCCCCCGCAUCAUCAGGGGGCGGGGCUGCAAUGAGAGCUUCAGAGCCGCCAUCGACAAAUCCUACGAUCGACCGGCUGCAACAGAAGAAGACGAUGAGGGCAUGGAGACAUUGGAGGAGGACACGGAGGAGAGUUCACGCUCGGGGAGAGACUCUGUGUCCACGGUGGCCGACCAGACGCCGCUGUCCGGCACCGAAAAACCCCUGGUCAACGGCACUAAUCGCAGCAAAGAGGAGAAGAAGAAAGACAAAGACAAGGGCGGGAAGGAGAAGAAGAAGCAGGAGGGAGCGAAGGACAAAGACAAGGGGAAAGCCAAGAAGGGCAUGCUGAAAGGACUCGGGGACAUGUUCAGGUUUGGAAAGCACCGUAAGGACGAGCGACCGGGAGAGAAGAUGGAUCGUAAAGGCUCCAGCAAGUGGAGGACAGAGGAGUCGCAGGUUUCAGACGAGGAGACGAUGAAGAUGAGGAUGGAGCAGGAGAGGAUCCAGGCCAAGACCAGAGAGCUGAGGGAGCGUCAGGCCAGGGAACGGGACUACGCCGAAAUCCUGGACAUAAACCGCACACCGGAGCGGUCCUCUGAGGAGGAGCACCCGUACGCAGGCAUCAACCCCCUCAACUGCUCUAUGGACAGCGGGCACAGCCGGCCCCACAGCCCCCGGGACGAUUACCCCCACAUCCACCCACACCACCAGCACCAGCACUCCGAUUCCCUCUACACCCAAGUCAGCAAGGCCCGCAACGAGCGGCCUCCGUCUGCAGACAGUAACCGACUAGCCCCUAGCAACCACGAUCGGAUACAGAGGCUGAGGCAGGAGUUCCAGGAGGCCCAGACAGUCCCGGACGACCCCGACGACCGCAGGAGGACCUACAGCUUCGAGCAGCCCUGGUCAAACGCCAGCAGCAACGGUCAGGGUGGCUACAGCCAGCCGGGUCGCCACUCCGUGUCGGUCGAGGUUCAGAUGCAGAGGCAGAGACAGGAGGAGAGAGACUCGUUCGCCCAGGCACAGAGGCAGUACAGCUCCCUGCCACGGCAACCCAGGAAGAACCCCAGCACCAUCUCCCAGGACUCAUGGGAUAAGGCCUACCCACCUGGCGAGGGCUUCCAGACAGCAAAGGACAACCCCAGGUACUCAAGCUACCAAGGAUCCAGGAACGGCUACCCAGGCGGCGGUGGGGUCAACGCCAGAGUACUUCUGGAGGCCCAGGAGCUCCUGAGGCAGGAGCAGAGGCGCCGAGAGCAGGAAGCCAAAGGGAAGUUAACGCAGGAGAGCAUCGGUACCAGCAGCUAUGAUGGGUACCCUACAGCGCACCUGAAAGACCCUGCCUCCCCCAAGGGUCCGUACCGCCAUGAUGUGCCGCCUUCGCCUUCGCAGUUAGCUCGGCUUAAUAGAAUUGGGUCAGAGAAAGGAAGACUUUUUUAUUCUUGAGCGGUAUUGUUGGACUGAUGAUGAAGAGCCGAACAGACAACUUGUGCUUCAGGAGCUGAGGGGAUUACCUUGAAGAAACAGCAGAAGUAAACGCUUCAAAUCUUUACAAAGAGACAACCUAGAGGUCUUAUAGCUUAGCGAUGAUCUUAGAGGUAAACAGAUGUGAAGUGUGCUCAGUAUGUGGGUGUUUGUGUACAAUCCCUCGCUGUGCCGAUGACCUAUACCCGUAGCCAGUCAGUCAGUCACCCUCCUACAGACACGAGACGCUUAGUGCCUUCUCUGCAUUCACGAACACAAUGCUUGUUCAUAUUCGUCCAGGACUCUUAUUCAUCGAGGUCUGGCACCGUCGUGUACUGACAAUCAAAUGGGCAGACAGGCAAGUGAGUGGGCGUUCUUUUGAGCCCAUGGGGAGGCGUCAGGUUCUGAGUGGGUUUGUGUGUGGGCAUGUGACAAGGUACAUGUUUCACAAUCAAGUACGUGUGUCGUGGCUUUACAAAGUGUCCCGUGGUUGACUCGUCCCAUCGGUCACAAAUCAGCCCUUCCCACUUCACUAAAUUUAACAUUCAACCUCUACGAAGCUGCCGGCAUUCCUCUGCAUUCUUUUUUCUCUGCUUCCAGUGUUUUCUCCUCAGCGACGAGCUCUCUCGCUUGAGUACUCCCUGGGGAGAAGGAAAAACAAGGCAAAGUGUAUGAAAGAAGCAGGGCACAGUGUGUGUGUGUGUGUUAUUAAUAAAAAGCCCCCCUCAUAAAUGAUUCAUACCGUGUGUUAUCUCCAUGGAGGAGACCCAGGCAGAGAGGGUAGACAGCUCUGAUCCUCUGCCUGGCCCCCCUGCACCGCUCUGGGCUUGACUUGCUGGCCCGCCUGCCUGUCUGUCUGGAGUUCUGGCUCCCAACCUCCUCUCGUACUCGUCGCUUCUCUGUUUAUUACCUUUCUUUCUUCUACCUCAAUACCCCCGCCUUUAUCCUCCCUUCCUCUUCGCUCACUUCCCACCUUCCUCUCAUCUCACCCCUCCCCUCCCUCUUACUCUUCCUCCUGCUACCCACUACAACCCUCCUCCUCCCCGUCUCCCGAGUCAGGCGUUGCACUGAAUUUUUCAUCACAAGCCACCUGCUGCCUGCCAGAGCCAAAGAACGCUGCCACCAGAGGAACCGACAGAGGGCCCGGCUUCUGACAUAAAGAGAGGAAUAAAAGCAACAAAAAAAAGAGCCAGAAUAAAGAUGGGUAGUGAGACAAUAAGCCUGCCAGUGUGAGAUUAGCUGGAGCUUUUCUCCUGUUUUUAACAAAAGGCUAAAUUGUUUUCAAUUGCUGUAAUUGCUUUCUGUAUUUUUACCUUUUUAUGCAUUUAGCCGUCACUCUUCUCUAAAAUGUACUGACAUUUUCUUUUAGAACGGCGUUCUUCUAGAAACCCCCAAAGUUCACCUGGUAGAGUGGGCAGCCCAUGUAGCCUAGGCCUACUGAGGUUGAGUCCUUACAGCUGCACCCUCGGUUUGAAUCCAACCUGUGGCUAUUUGCUGUGUGUCAUCCCAAACUAGGCAGUGCAAGAACAUUGGUUACAUACACUCAGGGCUAGUUAGCCCACCAGAACAAUGCUAGUCACAAUAGCUUUCUGAGUUAGCUAGCUUGCGAACUGUCAGUUAACUAGCUUGCGAACUGUCAGUUAACUAGCUUGCGAACUGUCACUUAGCUAGCUUGCGAACUGUCAGUUAGCUAGCUUGCGAACUGUCAGUUAGCGGACUCGACAGCACAAUAGGUUCACACAGUAUAUUCAAAAGAUACCACAAAUACAAUAUAACUAUAGGCUACUACCCCACUGUAUUAGAGUGGAGACAUAAAUCUGAACAAAUUUAACCAAAACUGUGUUCUUGUACUUUGGGUGACAUUUUAAUUAUGUGUCAUGCUAACUCACCUGGGUUGAAAAGAAGACCUUGGGCAUUGAUGACACAUGCUUAAAACAGCCCACCACUAUAAUUGUUGCAGUAGGUGGCAACCGAUUCUCUUAGUACCCACCCCUCAUUGACAUCACUAAUGUUUGUGACAUGAUUGUCUCUGCCUGCAAGCGAACAAAUGAGAUCGAGCUGAGGUCGAACCUUAAACAAAAGGGAAAUACGAAAAAAUAAAAGAUGGCCAUCAUCGAGCUGUGGAAAACAAACCGACGGUGUGUAAUUGCCCUUCACUCCUACACACUCCAUAUGCCGAGUGAAGCUGCAUGACAUGCAUUAUCUCCUGUUGGCUAAUGCAGCCCCUUGCUGGGAAAGAUGCACGCUCAGUAGGGGAAAUAAAUGAUGAACAAAAAGAGUAAGAAUAUGAAGAAAUUAAAGACUGAAUUUCAAUGGCAUUAUUCCAGUGUAUAAACAUGUAUUUUAACCUGAGGAAAGUUCACAAUGCUACUCUGUUAUAAGCUAACUUAAAUUCCCUUCUGCAUUAUGUAUGAACUCGGGUGUUACGACACAAGCGCACGAUGGCCCCUUGCCAAUGUGUUUUUAAAUCAACGCCACAAUAAAACUGUUACCAAAUAAGAUACAAACUGUGUAGGUGAGGGUAAAACAUAUCUGAAUGGUUUUUAGUGUUUGGUUGUAGCGGCCAGCGCUUCCUGCUGUGAACAGUAGUGCGUCUCGAAAUGCAGAGUAGCACCUUCAGGAUGUACUCUGUGCUCUACACGUCGUGGACUCUGCUGUUGAGCGGUCCAAUUACGGGGUCUCGAUAAGUGCCUGAUAUUAUAUCAUGAUGUUUUACACAAAGAGGGACACAAUGUGAUUUGUUUGUCACUACACACAAACUACAGAGUGUUUUUAAACAUUUUUAAUAUCAUAUUAAAAUGUGUCAUUUUAGGGGUACUCCUUCCUGAACCUUUUUUUAUUUUAUUUACAAGAGCCAACACUUUACGAGCGGUUACCAGUGUAUUUGUAUCCCGUUGCCUUCAGCCAUGCUGUACCGUGAUGUGUUUUAAAGUAUAAAAAGAAAUGGAAGCUGA